GUAUAAAAUAAGAAAUAUAUUUAUUAGUUAAUAAUAAUUCCAAAACAGAUUUUAAAAAAUGAAAAUCCUAUUAUUCAUAGCAUUGGUGUCUAUAGUGAGCGCACAGUUUGACGAUUUUGAUAUCGAUGACUAUAAAGAUGUGGUCAAUUCACGAAACUUUACGGGAAAAGUAGUUUUGGUGACCGGAUCCAGCUCUGGCAUCGGGGAGGGUAUUGUCAAACUGUUCUCUAUAUUAGGCGCCAAUGUUGUGGUCACCGGUAGGAAAGAUACGGAAGUCCAGAAAGUGGCCAAAGAAGUGGAAGAAUUGUCACCAAAGAAACUAAAGCCGUUACAAUUGGUCGGAGAUCUGACCAAAAGUGAAGUCAUCACCACUUUAAUCGCAAACACUAUCAAAACUUUUGGCAAAUUAGAUGUUUUGGUGAAUAACGCCGGCAUUUAUCCCGUGACAGACAUUCAUCAAAAAGAUUUAUUACAAGCUUGGGAUCAGGUCUUCAACAUAGACUUGAGAGCAGUCGUCGAACUAAUCCACGAAUCGGUUCCACAUUUGGAGAAAACUAACGGCACUAUCAUUGAAAUCUCGAGUAUCGCUGGCAUUCAACCCGUUGCGACUUCACUGGCAUACUGUCCCGCAAAAGCCGGCUUAGAUAUGUUGACUCGAGUACUGGCCCUCGAAUUGGGACCCAAAGGCAUUCGUGUCAACACAUUGAAUCCCGGUGUUACUAAUGUAGCGAAAGUGGACUCCGACAAGACUAUAGAAGAUAUCAUACCAUUGCAUAGAGUGGGACAACCAUUAGAUAUCGCCAAAGGGGUGGCAUUUCUGGCUUCAAGUGAUGCCUCAUUUAUAACCGGCGCUAAUCUGGUGGUCGACGGCGGACUUGUCUACAAUUUGGGCGCACUUUUUGUUGGGGCAAACUUUGAUGACUUCGAUGUCGAUGACUAUAAGCAAGUAACAAAGUUUCGUAAUUUCACGGGCAAAGUGGUGGUGGUGACCGGAUCCAGUGAGGGCAUCGGACGCAGUAUUAUAGCCCUGUUCUCCAUACUAGGAGCUCAUGUGGUCGUCACCGGUAGGAACGAGACAGUGGUUAAGGCUGUGGCCAAAGAGAUGCAACACUUAUCGCCAUAUCAUCUGAAGCCGUUGGAGUUUGUCAUGAAUUUUGCCGAAAGCGAACACAUCCAGGAACUGGUGGUCAAUACCACCGACACCUUUGGGAAGAUUGAUGUGUUG